CAUGGGGCUGCUCGGGCUGCUCCUGGGGAUUUCGGCCGUCCUGGUGGUCUCAUCUCGGUAUCCAACGUGGGCGGCGGGGGCGGCCGACAAAGCGCGGCAUCAGGAGCCGCUGUUCUUGAGCCCUGGGACGCCGCUGGACGCGUCCCCUUUCGGCUCGCUUUGGCCGCUGCCUCAGUCGCUCCGCAUCUCCCCAGAGAGGUUCCGGCUGGCGCCCUAUCAGUUCCAGAUCGUCCACGGCCCGGGAUCCUCGGCGGGGCCGGAUUGCUUGCUGUUGCAGGACGCUUUCCGCAGGUAUUACGAAUAUAUGUUUGGGUAUUCCAAAUGGCAGAACCGAGAUGAGAAAACACUCCUUUGUGAAACAGAAUUGUCCUCGCUUCAGGUGAUUAUCACUUCAGAAGAUUCUGAAUGUGAUAAAUUCCCCAGUAUUACAUCAGAUGAAGCCUAUCAACUCCAAGUAUCAAAGCCUACAGCUGUGGUAAAGGCUGGCAAAGUUUGGGGAGCAUUAAGAGGUUUAGAAACUUUCAGCCAGCUAUUACAUGAAGACGAUUGUGGAAGUUACUUUGUUAAUGAGUCUGACAUAACUGACUUUCCAAGAUUUGCAUAUCGAGGAAUCUUGCUUGAUACAUCAAGACAUUUCCUGCCACUGAAAGCGAUCCUAACCAAUUUGGAUGCCAUGGCCUUUAACAAGUUCAAUGUCCUGCAUUGGCACAUUAUAGAUGACCCUUCCUUUCCUUAUCAAAGUACUGCUUUUCCUGAAUUGAGUGCCCAGGGUGCAUAUUCUCCCAACCAUGUUUACACUCCCAUUGAUGUCCGUAAUGUCAUAGAAUAUGCUCGGUUACGAGGGAUUAGAGUUAUCCCAGAAUUUGAUUCCCCGGGACAUACUCAGUCUUGGAGAAAAGAUAUCCUCGUACCCUGCUACAGUGGAAAACAUCCAAGCAGCUCUUAUGGACCUGUAAACCCCAUUUUGAAUACAACAUACAAUUUUAUGAUGAAAUUAUUUGAAGAAGUUGGCACUGUAUUUCCUGAUGACUAUAUCCACUUAGGAGGAGAUGAAGUGGACUUCAGUUGUUGGAACUCCAAUCCUGAUGUAACUGAGUUCAUGAGAAAGAAAGGAUUUGGGUUCUGGUAUUCUAAACUGGAAUCCUAUUAUGUUGAAAAAAUACUGGACAUAGUGACUUCUCUUAACAAGAAAUCCAUAGUCUGGCAGGAAGUAUUUGAUCAUGGAGCAAAGCUGCAGCCAGACACAAUAGUCGAAGUGUGGAAGAGCUUCUUGUAUUACUCUGAAUUAGCAAGAGUAACAAAACAAGGGCAUCAGGCAAUCCUUGCUGCACCUUGGUACCUAGACCUCAUUCGUUAUGGCGAGGACUGGAAGAACUAUUACAGUGUUGAACCACUGAACUUUAUUGGAAGCAAGUCACAGAAGGAGCUGGUGCUUGGUGGAGAGGCUUGUCUUUGGGGAGAAUAUGUGGAUGCAACAAAUCUUACACCAAGACUCUGGCCACGGGCAAGCGCUGUUGGUGAGAGACUCUGGAGCAGUAAAAAUGUAACUGAUGUUUCAGAUGCUUAUAAAAGACUUACUCAACAUCGUUGUCGCAUGCUUAGGCGUGGAAUCGCAGCCCAGCCUUUGUCUGUCGGAUACUGCGGCCAUGCCUUCAUCUGA